AGACUGGCCUCCAAUAACAGCAACUGUGAAAUUCACAAGAAUAUAGUGAGAUACUGCAUAGCAACAGCUGCCUUGCUCGACUCAGCUGGAAGACUCGUAAGUGAAAAUCAACUCCCUCCUCCUCCCAAAACACACAGGAGAGAAGUUGGAAAUCAGCAUUAUCUGCCUCUCUUGGCCUACUUGCCUCUUGAUGGAUACAGGCCUAACGAAUCUGAGUGUAAGCACCACCUCUGGCCAGCACACUCUCCAGACCUCCCAGCAAGAGUGCUGCUUUUGGAUAUGCUGGAAGACCAGGCUCUGAAAGCACCCAUGGAGGGUGUUGAAGUCAAGAGAGAAACAAAACGGGAAAAGAAGACACAAAACCAGACUCCAGUGAGAAAAUGUGGGAAGGGAGUCUGCAAAGCCGUGGGCUAUAUCACAGGAGACAUGAAACAGUUUGGAGUCUGGCUUCAAGAUAAACCAGUCCCAUUUCAGUUUGUUGACUGGGUCCUGCGAGGGAUAUCCCAGGUGAUGUUUGUCAAUAACCCUCUCAGUGGGCUUAUCAUGAUUGUUGGGUUCCUCGUCCAGAAUCGUUGGUGGACGCUUACAGGCUGUUUAGGAACAGUUGUCUCAACGUUAACAGCACUUCUUCUGAAUCAGGACAGAUCAUCCAUAGCAGCAGGACUGCAUGGCUAUAAUGGGGUCCUGGUGGGACUGCUCAUAGCAGUAUUAUCUGACAAGGGAAACUUCUAUUGGUGGCUUCUAUUGCCUGUUGCUGCAGUAUCCAUGACAUGCCCAGUUUUCUCCAGUGCUUUAGGCUCAAUCUUCAGUAGGUGGGAUCUUCCUGUUUUCACCCUGCCUUUCAACGCAGCAGUGACAUUAUACUCUGCGGCCACUGGACACUACAACCUUUUCUUCCCUACAGUCCUCAUUAAGCCUGCAACAUCAGUGCCCAAUAUCACCUGGUCCACCAUUGAUGUGCCAAAGCUGUUACAAUCCAUUCCAGUCGGCGUCGGCCAGGUGUAUGGCUGUGAUAACCCCUGGACUGGUGGCAUCUUCCUGGUUGCUUUAUUCAUCUCCUCUCCUCUCCUUUGCUUGCAUGCUGCAAUUGGAUCAGCAGUGGGGAUGCUGGCAGCACUGAGCCUAGCAGCACCUUUUAGCAAUAUCUAUGCUGGCUUGUGGAGUUACAACAGUUGCCUCGCAUGCAUCGCUAUCGGGGGCACGUUCUAUGCUCUGACAUGGCAGACUCACCUGCUAGCAAUUGCCUGUGCAUUCUUUUGUGCCUAUCUGGGAGCAGCUGUAGCCAAUAUGUUUUCCGUGUUCGGAUUAGCAGCGUUUACCUGGGCUUUUUGCUUGUCUGCACUCACCUUUCUGUUACUAAACACAAACAUCUCCGCGAUCUACAAGUUACCUCUCAACAAAGUCACUUACCCAGAAGCCAACCGAGUGUAUUACCUCACGAUGAAGAAGCAGUACCGGGUUUACGAUAGCGCCAGUGGUGCCAUGGCUCUGGGCCCAGACUCAGAAGGGGCCCCGGCCAGACCGAUCCCCCAGCCAGCUGAGGCAGCCAGGAAAGCUGUCUCCACCCCUGCUCCACUCCCACCCCAUCUCUUCCCACCUCUGCUCCGCACCAGC